AUGUCACUGAAGCUUAUAUCCGCAACGUCCUCCCACUACGCCCGCAAAGUCCGUAUUGUCCUCGCCGAGAAGAGCAUCCCCUUCGACCUGAUCACUGAAGUUCCGUGGAACAGCACCACCCAAAUACCCCAGCAUAACCCACUCGAGAAGCUUCCCGUGCUCAUCAUCCCCGCAGAUGGCGUCCCAGGCCUGAUUGCUGGCAGUGGGAAACAGGUGUCAGUCUCCGAAUCGCACUUUAUCCUUGAAUGGAUCGAAUUCAAAUUCCCGGCUCCCAAGUACCCAUCUAUGCUACCUGAAGAUGGGGAUCAGAGACUGGAGGCGAAGGAAAUUGAGGUCGUUGCGGAUGGAAUGUGUGAUGCGUUAGUGUUGAGGUUUUUCGAGGUGCAGCGGAAAGAUCAGAGUCAGGAGUGGAUUGCGCGGCAGAUGCGAAAGGUAGACGGCGGUAUGAAGUGGCUUGCAGGCAGAGUAAGGCCAGGUAAAGAGUUUCUGGUGGGAGAAAGGUUUGGGUUGGCUGAUAUAGCGGUUGGGGCGGUGUGUGGGUAUUUGGAUGUGAGGUAUGAGGAGUAUCCGUGGCGGGCGAGGUAUCCAGACUUGAGCAAGUAUGUGGACACAUUACAGGACAGGGAAAGUUUUCGAAUUACAACGCCGAGGGCACAGAAGUUUGUUGAUAAGAUUGUUUGA